AUGGUCUCCUCGGAGCGAGUCGGCUCCUCCGACGCGGAUGAAAUGGACGUCGACACGCAGGUGUCACGACAUCAGGUGCUGGUGACCGCCGAAAACGGCUCCGUCGGUCUGGUGACCUGCGUGUCCGAGGAAUCGUACCGUCGGCUCUCCGCCCUCCAAUCCCAGUUGACAAACGCCCUGGAGCAUCCCUGCGGGCUGAAUCCGCGCGCUUUCCGGGCCGUUGAGAGCGACGGGAGCGUGGGGAGAGGCAUGCUCGAUGGGGCCCUCCUCGCUCGAUGGCUGGAUCUGAGCGUAACCCGCAGGAGUGAAUUAGCCAGUCGGGUAGGAGCGAAUCAAUGGGAAAUCAAGGCGGAUCUGGAAGCUAUUGGUGGCGCGGGGCUUGGAUUUUUGUAG